AUGUCAUUUGAAGUAGGUACCAUUGUUUUCGUUAAAUUAAAAGAAUUCCUUUGGUGGCCUGGUUUGAAAAAUCUUAAAAUAUUCACAAAAAAAGAAGCAAAUGAUCAAAUAAAACAAAUCAAAAAGAAAAAUCAUUUGGUCAGAGCUAUAAAGCAAGCAUUGGAAUAUUUGUUAUCAGGCAAUAAUCCGGUCCAAAACGAUCGAGAAAAUGUUGCAGUUAAUAAUAACAAUGGUGGUGGUAGUAGUGGUGAUAAUGUUGUUGCUGGCAUCAUCAGUAAAAAUAGUAUAAAAAGGCUAAUAGACUAUGAUAAUGAUGACGAAACAAAUCAAGAAAACAGUAGUAAACUUGUUAAGCGACAUAAAAAUAAUUGUAAAGAUUUCACUAUUCUUUCUACUAGUAAUGUUGCUUAUCCAGUAUGGACUACAGGCAAUCCAUUUGCAAGUACCAUAGAAGAAGAAACUAAGGAAAGUCUUCAGAAGUUUUCCGAGAACAAAUUAAUGACAAGGAUCCAGAAUUUGUAG